ACAUUUUUUACUCUACGUGUAAUGGCCGACUGUUUCUUAUUGUGACGCUUAAAUUAUUGCUUGAAAAUUUAAAGAAUAUCGCAUACUCAUAAACCAGUAACUUAGAUAUUUUUAAACUGUGUUCAUAUUUGUUUGUGUAUAUAUAAAAACUUAACAUUUAGCUUGAAAUGGCGGCUAUACAAGGUCCACCAGGGAAGCAGUGGCCGGUGCGUCCUGGCGUGCAACAUCAGAAUAGUUUAAAUAAUGGAAAUUUAACAUUAAACAGGACAAUAAACUUAUAUCCUCUAACUAAUUAUACUUUCGGGACGAAGGAGCCAUUAUUUGAGAAAGAUGCGUCGGUACCAGCAAGGUUUCAGAGAAUGCGGGAAGAGUUUGUCAAAAUCGGUAUGAGGAGGUCUGUAGAAGGUGUGCUAUUGGUUCAUGAGCAUGGAUUACCACAUGUGUUGCUGUUGCAGCUUGGAACAGCAUUCUUUAAGCUGCCUGGAGGUGAACUGAACCCUGGAGAGGAUGAAAUAGAAGGGUUGAAACGUCUUUUAACAGAGACAUUGGGGAGACAAGAUGGUGUUAAACAAGAGUGGGUGAUAGAAGAUACUAUAGGUAACUGGUGGCGACCGAACUUCGAACCACCACAAUACCCUUACGUUCCACCUCAUAUUACUAAACCUAAAGAGCAUAAAAGAUUAUUUCUAGUACAAUUACAAGAUAGGGCAUUGUUUGCUGUACCAAAAAAUUAUAAACUUGUUGCAGCACCGCUAUUUGAACUGUAUGAUAAUGCACAAGGAUAUGGUCCAAUAAUAUCUUCGUUAUCUCAAAGCCUUUGCAGGUUUAAUUUCGUCUAUAUGUAGUGUAUGAGUGCUAACGGACCACCGGUAACAGCUGUUAGGAAACGGAAAA